CCUCUCCGUCCUUAGUACCAAAAGCGUAGAGGACCCUUUUCCGUCCGCCAAAAGAGCGACGCCUCAGUACCGCUUCUCUCUCUACUGAAGCAGCAGCAGCAGCAGCAGCAGAAGCAGAAGCGCAGACACGCCAGUGUGUAUGAGAAUCCCUAGUGGAGAAACUUCAUCGUCUCUUUAUAUCUGUUGCUGAGUGUUAGAUGGGGGCUCUCGCUCCUUUUCCUCCUUGGAUACCGGAAGAUGAUCUCUUGCUGAAGAAUGCGGUUGAGGCUGGUGCUUCCUUGGAGUCACUUGCUAAAGGAGCAGUGUGCUUCUCUCGUCGAUUUUCCAUUCGAGAAUUGCAGGAUCGGUGGCACUCUCUCCUCUAUGACUCAGAUAUUUCAGCAGAAGCUUCUGCGCACAUUGUUGAGAUUGAGCUCUCUGUCUCUAACCUUCCAAGACCGAACAGAUCUUGCAAUUUCAAAGGAAAAGAAUGGAUGCCAGGGAAAAGAAAAGUGGACAGUGUUCGCAGCCAUUACCAUGCCAUGCGAAAGAGGAUUUGCCAUGAACCUUGUAACUCUGUUGGUCUUGAUUUUCUUGUGCCACCCGCUAUGCAUAUUUGUACAGGCAAUGAAGGUGGUUAUCAAGAGCAGUUGAAACUUAAUACUGAGCAUGCAGUUGGGAACUGCAUGCCAGGAGGAGAUGAUUUUGGAUUCCCAGAUGCAGACUGGGCUAUCACGGAUCAUGAUUUUCGUCAAAUAACGAGGGCUGAUGCUGUUGGCUCACUUGAAGAUGAUGGAAUAAUGACUAGCGACUGCUUGUAUGGCUUUGCAGAAAAUGUUUCGUCUGUCUCAGUUGAUGAAGCAGGAGGAAAUGGCACUGGGCGCUCCUUUGAGCACAAUAAUUUACACGAGGAUAUUCCGCAGAUUCUUGGAGAUAAUCUGGAUGUCUUUCAGAAUUGCCCACGUGUUCAGGAAAUGGGGCAACCACAAACAUUACCGGCGAGCAACCUAUUUGGAAGUGCUGAUGACGAAGAGACAAAAUCCUUGUCUACACUCGAUCCAAUAAAUAAUAAUCAGGGAAAUGCUUGCUCUGGGUGUGGAGGAAAUCAAAACUUCAGUUCGCCAGUUUCAGAUUGUAGUGCUUCAUUCAAUCAGUUGGUAUAUUCGUCUCCACUGCCUACUUUACAUAUGUGGAGAACAAUUGAGGAUAUUCCUGCGCCGACUAUGCCAAUUGAAGCAAACCUUGAACACAAAGAUAACAGAAUAAGAGAUCCAUUAGCACUCCCCAGUGGGGAUGUUAAGAAAUUGAGUUCUCCACAAUAUGAUGUUGUCCACCACCUGGAACCCAAGUUGAGUGAUGGAUUAUCUAGUGAUGGAUUGAACCAUUCAGCUGCUAUCACAGAUGGUGAUUUGAUCACUAUGUCAAAUUCUCUUUUGAACUUUGAGAAUGAGGAACUCCUUUUUAUGGAUGUGGAUGUGGAUGAGAAGGACAUGAUAGAUAGAUCUUCCCUUGAUGGUCUAAACUCCAUUUUGCUGAGUUCUCCUACUGAUGGGCAUCAAGAUGAUAUACCCAACUCAAGUGAACCUCAAGCAUCAGCAGGUUUGGACACAUGCCUUGUGAUUACUAAGCGUGCCUAUAAUACAGAAUUAGAUGAUAUUGACGGUCCCCUACAUUCUGACCACAGCCAUAGGCAAAAUGUUUGUGAUUCAGAGUUCAGUGUCUCUGCUGCUUCCUCACAAAAUCCUCAUUCAUCUGAACUUCUUGAAGGGUUUAUGGUGUGCACCCUGAACACAGAGGACCCUGAAAUCCCAUGCAAUGAUGAUGUUUUUUCACCUGCUGAGGUGCAAGGCAAAUCUGAGGGAACUACCAGAUCAUUUUCCUCAGCUAAAGACUUUUGUGAUACUCAGAAGGCUAGUGAGCAAGUACCAGCCCCAAUUAAGGAGGAGCGUGAAACACCUGUGCAAUCCACUGUAGCUUCACUGAUGCUGUCGAAACUGGGUUCCAAGCAUCCAGGUGGUGGUCAUCCAGUGAAAGCUGAGUUUCCUGAGAACGAUUCCUUGGCUGUAGCCUCCAGGCAUGCAGGUAUUGUAGGUGAGGAUGCAGAGACAUGCACAAAUGUGCAUGCAACUCCACAUUGUGUUCCAAUUGUUACAUUAAAGCAAGAUGUUACAACAAUAGAAAUGAGGAGACAUGAAAACAACCCCGACUCCUUCUUAGAGAAAUCAGUUCAAGGAUCUGAUCAUACUAAAAGCUAUCCCCAAAAUACUUUUGGUGGUUGUAAACUGGAAGUUGACGUGCCAAUGGGAAUACAAAAACAUGCUUCAUCGCAUGCAGAACUGGGUCCUGGUGAAAUGGGGCUCUCAGAACCAGCAACAAACUUCUCAACUUCAGAUCAUGAAGAGAUACUUUCUGAAAGUGACAAUGAUGUGCCUUAUUUUUCUGAUAUUGAAGCCAUGAUACUUGAUAUGGACUUGGGUCCAUAUGAUGAGGAAUCAAAUUUCACCAGAGAAGUAUCGAGGUAUCAAUAUGAAGAUACUAAGAAGGCAAUCAUAAGAUUGGAACAAGGUGCACAUUCAUAUAUGCAGAGAGCUAUUGCAUCUCAUGGAGCUUUCGCUGUUUUUUAUGGUCGCUAUUUGAGACAUUAUAUUAAGAAAUCCGAGGUGACACUUGGAAGAGCGACAGAAGAUGUUAAUGUUGACAUUGACUUGGGAAGAGAAGGGCGUGCUAAUAAAAUAUCUCGGAGACAGGCAAUUAUAAAGAUGGAGGAAGAUGGUUCUUUCUAUCUAAAGAACCUUGGCAAGGGUUUGAUCUUAGUCAACAGCAAGGAGGUGGCAACUGGACAUCGUUUUAGUCUUAGUUCAAGUUGUCUGAUUGAGAUCAGAGGAAUGAGGUUCAUGUUUGAGAUGAAACGGAAUUUUGGGACGCAGAACAAGACUGCCAGUGUUGCAAAACUGAAGAGCAGCCAAGAAAAGAACACAAAAUUCGAUUGGUUACCCAGAUAGAUUCCUUGAUCUUAAUAUGUUUUCGAGGUACUUUAGUUUCUUGCUCUCUUUCUUUCCUCUCUUAUUGUUCUCUUGUAUUGAGUUCACCUUUUUUCCCUUGCCAUGGCGGAAGUUUUAGGUUUCACUGCCUAAGGUAAGAAUGUAAUAGUACAUUCCAUGUGAUAAAAUGUAUGAUAAGCCGUUGGCUUCUCCUUU